UUCGAAGGUAAAGGUAAAGCCAAAAGCGCUUCCACGUCCACUCCACCGUCACAGCAAUCGCCUGUGACUAGAAGUAAUAGUAGGACUCAACAAAAGGAGCCGCAGGCAGCAGCAGCAGCGCCACAGACGCAGGGAAAGAUGAAAAAGCGCAGUAAGCCAGGAACAGCGGCGCUUCGCGAGAUUCGUCGUUUUCAGAGAAGUUGCGAGCUUCUUAUUCCGGCUGCCCCCUUUAUCAGAUGUGUCAAACAAAUUACACAUCAAUUCUCUACGGAGGUGUCUCGUUGGACGCCUGAAGCUGUGAUAGCACUGCAGGAGGCAGCUGAGGAAUGUCUGGUUCACUUGUUUGAAGAUGGAAUGCUCUGUGCAAUUCACGCUAGACGUGUUACACUUA